UGCCAUGAUAAUGUACACACCAUAUCACGCAUAUUUUAUGAGUUUUUUGUAUUGUGUAUACAUAUAAAAAUUAUAACUAAUCCCACCGGAACAAUUUUGCAAUGGUUGUAGAAGUGAGUACUAAGAUUCUUGUGAUUGGAGGAAUCGGUUACGUGGGAAAGUUCAUAGUCGAAGCAAGUGUUAAAGCUGGUCAUCCUACUUUUGCUCUCGUACGAGAAUCAACUCUUUCUAAUCCACUUAAGUCAUCCAUCGUUCAAAAUUUCAACACACUAGGCGUCAAUGUAAUUUUGGGAGAUAUAUAUGAUCACCAGAGUUUGGUCAAGAUCAUAAAAGAAGUAGACGUCGUAAUUUCAACCGUGAGCUUCAUGCAAUUAUUUGAUCAAUAUAAGAUCAUUGACGCUAUCAAAGAAGCGGGAAAUAUUAAGAGGUUCUUCCCUUCGGAAUUUGGAAAUGAUGUGGACCGAACACAUAUAGUAAAUGAAGGAAAAGUUAUGUUUGAUAAUAAGGUCAAAAUUCGCAGAAUGAUUGAAGCUGAAGGAAUUCCCUAUACUUAUGUUGUGGCUAAUUUUCUCAAUCGACACUUUCUAUCAAACCUUAUGGGCAUUGCUUCUCCAUCAGAUCCAGUUAUUAUCCUUGGAGAUGGAAAUAUCAAAUCUACUUUUAAUACCGAAGAGAGUGUUGCGGCUUUCACUAUAAAAACCAUUGAUGAUCCAAGGACCUUGAACAAAACUCUCUUUAUUAGACCUCAUGCGAACACCUUGUCAUAUAAUGAUUUGAUAUCUCUUUGGGAGAAGAAGAAUAGUAAGACUCUUAAAAGGAUCUAUGUUUUAGAGGAGCCAGUAUUGAAGUUGAUUCAAGAGUCACCAUAUCCUCUAAAUAUGGGCCUAUCAAUUUGUCUGACUACAUUUGUGAAAGGAGAUCACACUAACUAUGAAAUUGAACCCUCCUUUGGAUUUGAAGCUUCAGAGCUUUAUCCUGAUGUCAAAUACACUACUGUGGAAGACUACAUUCAGGAAAAUCAUGAUUGUUCCCCAUUUUAUUUAAACAAUUUAAUCUCCAUUAAGAAUGUACAACAUUUCCAUACAUGAACUCCAUGCACGUGAAUUUAAAUAUAAACAAAAGUCAAAGUAUAUAAAUAAAACUUAAAUA